AUGACUUUACAACAAUGGCUUCAAGAACAUGUCAAGGUUGGUGCUGUGGAUGUAAAUGACUAUGCAGCUCACAUUAAUAAAUGUAUCAAUAAUAUCCGGAAGCUCGCCAUUGCCUUUGUUCACUUCUUAUAUCACUCUUUCGCAAAGAGUCAUCAGUCAAAAUGUGAAGUAGAUUAUUUAUGUGGUAUUAUGCCCCUCGUAGAUAACUAUGGAAAUCUAAUCAGGCAAAGGAAAGGGGUUCUGGUCCCUGCCAACCGAAGCAAAUGGGCGGGAUUGACUGGUUCAAAUCCAUGGAGAGGUGAAAGCCAUGUUGAGUUAGGAGAAGAAUACUUGCGCCGGGAUUUUUUUGCAGGUGAAUCUUGUUUUGGAGAACAGCUCUUGGAGUUCCUUAAAAUGCAUGUUGCUACUUCUGAUAUCCCUCAUAUAACUCCUCCCAAUGUCGCAAUUCCUGUUGUUUCUGCACCUCUCAUCAAACAAAACGCGUUCUUGCUUGUGGAUUGGAUUCAAAACCUGAAAUGUAGGAGAACUCACAUUCCAAAGAGAUUCUUGGCAAGCAUAAAGGAAGGUAGCUGGCUAAAGAUUACUACCAAUUGCUGCUUGGAUUACAAGCCACCAUCUCAUUCAUUCAUGCUUACUUCUUCAUUGGGAAACAUUUUGCAGAACGGAUCUGUGCUUGCUGAUAUUCCAUUGAUUGAUCAAAGUUUCUAUGGUGAUCAAAUAAAAAAAUAUGAAGAGAAGCUAAAGACAAUUGGCGUCAUGUUUAAGUAUGGAGAAGCAUGUGAAUUUAUUGGGAAGCAUCUCAUGUCUCUUGUUGAUUCCUCCACUUUAACUAGAAGCCAGGUACUCUUUGUUUUGAAUUUCGUCAAGUUUCUGAGGGAAAAUUAUCUUGCACCGGAAAAAUUCAUCAAUACUAUCAAAGAAAGAAGAUGGCUAAGGACAACUAGAGGUGACAUGUCUCCAGUUGGAUAUGUUUUGUUUGAUCAUAAAUGGGAAGUUGCAUCUCAAAUCAGUAACAUCCCCUUCAUCGACACAGGUUACUUUGGGGAUGAAAUCCUUUCUUAUAAAGAGGAACUCAGGUCCCUUGGUGUGUUAAUUGGCUUCAAUGGAAGUUACAAGUUUGUUGUAGGCAAUUUAAAAUCACCUUUAUCCUUCUUUUUUCUGACAGUUGAGGCUGUUAUAUUGAUACUGGAAUGUAUGUGUCAUUCAGGACAAUCCAACAAACUCAUCAAGACAUUGAGUGGUGUAAAAUGCUUCAAGACAAAUAUUGGUUACAUGUCUCUAGGAGAAUGUUUCUUGUUUGACUCUCAGUGGGCUUGCAUCCUACACGUUUUCAGCGGUUUCCCACUCAUUGAUCACGAUUUCUAUGGAGGCAGCAUCUUCUUGCAGUACAGAACCGAGUUGCGAUCUCCAAGCAAUUGCAUUCUGUAUGGUCCAGAUUGGCAUUCAAUUGCCCCAAUUACUCUGCUCCCUUUCGUAGACGACAGUGACAAUUAUUAUGGCAAGAAAAUUCAUGAAUACAAGAAAGAGCUAAAAAGUAUAGGGGUUGUCACAGAAUUCAAAGGUGGCGUAAAGUUUAUUGCUGAUGGUCUUUUUUUCCCACAGGACCUUUACGUCAUAACUCCUGCAAAUGCGGUUGCCAUUCUAGAAUGCAUCCACAUUUUAUUGCAUGAUCAUGGGAGUUACAAAUUUCCAGACACUUUCUGCAAAAGAAUCUCUCAAAAAUGGUUGAAGACGAAUGAUGGUUAUAGGCCUCCAGAUCAGUGCUUGUUGAUCGAUUCUACGUGGGACUAUCAUUUGAAGCAUACGGAUGGACCUUUUCUUGAUGAAGGUUUGUAUGGUUCUAACAUUAGAUCAUACAAAAAUGAGCUUAAUCAUAUUCAUGUUACCGUGGAUGUAAUGAAAGGAUGCCCAUUGAUUGCCAGGCACCUUGAUUUCCAUCAUGAGUUUUCCACUAUCGUUCAAAUUUAUAACUACUUGAGUGAAUUUAAUUGGGAGUCGAACACUGAAGCAGCCAAAAGGAUUUGGAUCCCAAAUGGAACUGAGAAUGGAAAGUGGGUCAGCCCCGAAGAGUGUGUUUUGCAUGACAAGGAUGAUCUCUUUAGUUCGCGCCUGCAACUUUGGAAGGUUUGGGAAAGUUCAAGACCCCAAGUGUCACAUGAAGACUAUUUGAAGUUCUGGGUCUAUGUUUCUAAGCACUGGAGUGGAAAGACUGAGAGAACUCUCACUGCUAUGUUGGAGAAAUUGGAGAAAUUACCAGUUGCUUCAGAUUCAUAUGGAAUUUUGUUGUCCGACAAGCAUGAUGUUUUCGUUGAUGAUGAUCUUCUGCUGAAGGAUCUUUUUGAACAGGUUUCUCCACAACCCAUAUUUGUCUGGUAUCCUCAGCGAAGAUCGCCUUCAUUACCUAGGACAAAGCUGCUUGAAAUGUACAGGAAAAUGGGGGUCCGGACCAUAUCUGAAUUGGUAAAGAAGGAAGAAACAUCAAUGGUGGAUGUUGCUCAACUCAAUCAGGUGAAUCCAAAAGAUAAUUUGAUUAAGAAAGGGUUGGUUAGGCUCAUCCUCGAUUUUCUAGCAGAUCCUGUGUUGAAGAUCAAAGUAGAGAGGCGACAUGAAGCUAUUAAAGGGCUUCUGAAUAUGACUUUCCUAGAGAUAGUCGAACCCAUCGCUGUAAAGUAUACUUUAUCACUUUCUUCAGAGGAAAUCGUGAAAUUGAAAGUGAGCCGGAUGAUACGUUGGGAUAGAGAGGCCUCAAAGUUAUUUGCACAAAAGUUGGGCAGAUCCAGUUGA